GACUGACAGAUGAGUAAACCAACACUUUGAUUCAAUGACACAACAUUCAAAAUCGAUUUUCAUGUCUCUCUGUAAGUGCUCUAGAAAACACCAGCCAAUUUCUUUUGCCUCUGAGCUACGCUUUUACACAGAUUCUGGUGCCCUUUUUUAUGUGUUUCGUGCCAGCCGAAGCUCUCCUUUACCCGCAGGUGACAAUUGUUACGCACUCGUUUACGCCAGAUCCUUUUCGGGGUGUCUAUAAAGACACUAACAUAUGGUUAUUCCUCGCAAGAGGCGGUCGUCGGUUGAGCAGCAUUUAAUCAACACGUUUGGCAAACAAUUAGGAGGUAAUUGCUCUUACUUAAGACAUGGACAAAAAAGAGGACCUCAUUAGGACUGCUCCACACAGACCGCAGAGAGCAAUUACACCUAGGGAGUCGGCGCGUUGACCCUCCCGUGAACCGCUCUGCUACAGCCUUCUGACCCCCUCCCGCGGAGCCAGCAGUUCAGACUACGUACACAGGGGCUAUGUGUCAUGUAAACUCAUAAAUCAAAUCCGUCCGCGCUAUAUCUCCAUAUAAAUACGCCAUUCGGUCGUGCCACGUGUCGCAGCGGGUGAACCAACAAAUGAAUAUGGUUGAUUUUUUUAGAGUGAUUAAAAAAGUGAAAAUAGCCUAAGAAGUGGAAAACGUGGGAUUUCUUUUGGGAAGCCAUUGAAACGCUGUUACAGCUUUGUGAACAGAUUUAAUAAUCUCAUUAUCAUUUGCUUUAUGACCUGUCAAUUCGCUGUGUUUGCUAUCCAAGAAUAAUAUGGUUAACAUUUUUUUGUUGUGAUAAAGAUAUUCAAGCGCCCUAGUUAACAACUCCAAUUAAAGUUUAUUUUCAUACAAGUGAACGGGCCGUUCAUCACUUGACCCAAUUACCAGAUUACAUUCUGCUAUUUUUAGUAGCAGUGAAAUUGUGGGAGUUUUUCAUGAUCCGUGGACGCGACUCAAGUUGCCCCCGUCCCUUGCCUCCAGGUACCAUGGGCAUGCCGUUCAUUGGCGAGACGCUUCAACUGAUUCUUCAGAGGAGAAAAUUCCUAAGGAUGAAGCGCCAGAAAUAUGGAUAUAUCUACAAAACUCACCUCUUCGGCAAUCCUACUGUGCGCGUACUGGGUGCCGAAAACGUAAGGCAAAUUCUGUUGGGCGAAAACAAACUUGUUGCUGUCCAGUGGCCCGCCUCCGUGAGAACUAUCCUGGGCUCAGACACCCUCUCCAAUGUGCACGGAUCCCAGCACAAGAACAAGAAAAGGGCAAUAAUGAAAGCGUUCUCCCGGGAAGCGCUCGAGCAGUACAUCCCAGUUAUCCAGGAGGAGGUGAGGAGUGCCCUGAGGGACUGGCUUAAACGCGACGCGUGUGUGCUCGUGUAUCCCGAGAUGAAGCGACUCAUGUUCCGCAUCGCAAUGAGGAUCCUGCUCGGUUUCGAACCAGAUCAAAUCAAGACAGACGAACAGGAGUUGGUGGAGGCGUUUGAGGAAAUGAUCAAGAAUCUUUUUUCCCUUCCGAUAGACGUGCCUUUCAGCGGACUAUAUCGGGGGCUCAAAGCUCGCAAUUUUAUCCAUUCCAAAAUCGAAGAGAACAUUAAGAAGAAAAUCCAAGAGGAGGACACUGAGCGCAAACACAAAGAUGCUCUUCAGUUACUGAUUGAGAACAGCAGGAAAUGCGAGGAGCCAUUCAGCAUGCAGGCAAUUAAAGAGGCAGCUACAGAAUUGUUAUUUGGUGGGCAUGAGACCACUGCCAGCACAGCCACCUCCCUGGUGAUGUUCCUCGGGCUGCAUCCAGAAGUUGUCCAGAAAGUACGAGAGGAGCUGCAACAGAAGGAGGAGGUCGGGCUGUACUCUAAGGGCGAAACCCCGAGCAUGGAGUUGCUGGAGCAGCUGAAGUACACUGGCUGUGUGAUCAAGGAGACGCUGCGCAUCAACCCUCCGGUUCCUGGAGGGUUCCGGGUGGCCCUCAAGACAUUUGAACUCAACGGCUACCAGAUUCCCAAGGGCUGGAACGUCAUCUACAGCAUCUGUGACACCCAUGACGUUGCAGACACUUUCCCCAACAAGGAGGACUUCCAGCCGGAGCGGUUUAUGGCCAAGGCUUCCGAAGACUCCUCGCGCUUUAACUACAUCCCAUUUGGCGGCGGCUCCCGCAUGUGCGUGGGGAAAGAGUUCGCCAAAGUGCUCCUCAAAACAUUCCUCAUCGAGCUCACGCAGCACUGUAACUGGACUCUGUCAAAUGGACCCCCAACCAUGAAAACCGGGCCAACGGUGUACCCUUCGGACAAUCUCCCCACUAGGUUCAGUAGUUAUGUCGGCAAUUAGCACCCCUUCCACACUCCCCCACCCCACACCCCCAAAAAUCUGUAUAUGGCCAAUAAGCAUGGAUGAUGUACAUAUAGACAUAUUUAAAAGUGUUUUAGAUGAAAUUGCCGAUAUAUUUAACAUUUUUUAUAUAUAACUUUGUUAAUACAGAUAGAUGUAUGUAUAUAUAAAACUCCAUAUCUUUAAAGCGAAAGGCACUACUCUUUCAUGGACUACCAUUUUUUUCCAGGAGUCUGUGGUGUAUAUUUGUAAUGUAGCUAUUUUAUAUAGUGUGUUUUUUUGUAUUGUAUACAACUUAUUUAAAUGAGACUUUAUUGUAUGGGCUUUAUUUAAUAAAAACAAUUUACACAUAAA